AUGCGAGAGAGCCGCGGUUUGGAGGGCGAGGCUCAAUCAAAGGCACUUGAAAUGUACUUGUGCUUGGCCGACAGUGCAAGUGGUGCUGAGAGUGCUGAAUGCCCGUCCCGUUGUGCGGCACGCGGCCUUGCUGACAGAUGUCUGACCGCACAGGCGCCGCCGACCCAACAACAACAACAACAACUCCACAACUCGACUUCAGAGGAACUUGGGGAGCAAGUUGCGGGCGGCUGGUUGGUUAACGACGACAAUCAACGCCUGCGAGCGAUUAAAUCCUCCAAGGAUCAAAAUAGCCUGCCUGAAGCAGAGGCCUCAAAAAUGCUGAGAGAAGCCUGGAACGCGCCAAGAGCGCCGCCUUCGUGCGACACGAUUGUGCAAGAGACGGUCACAACAACCACAACCACUACAACCCGUCGGCGCCUGCCGUCAGCUCCUGAAGCCCGCCUCCGGCGUCUUUUCUUGGCAGCCGCCCCCACCGCCCAGCCUCAGCAGCAGCCGGCAAAUCGGCCUGUGUCGGCUCCCGCGAUGUGCAGCGACUCAGUCCUGCUGCCCGGCGACGCCGGAACACUUAUGCCCAAGAACCACCGCACACCAUGCUACUGUCACCACUCACAAGUAGGAAAUAAAGAACAGAUGCAACAGCAUUUUGAGUUCUCAUGUCGGCUCAAUAUUGACGACAUGAAUUACAACUACAAUUAUAUUGAGAACGAGUACUUCUUACCAGCAAGGAUUAUUCCGCGGUUUUCCCCCUUACCACGGACUGUCUCCAUGCUGGCGAAUACGUCUAAAUCGAUAAGCUCCAGCGAUGAGGACGAAUGCCGUAGCCUUGCAGACAGUCUUGAAGACCUUUCAAGAUUAAACUCUCAAACAAGUUUCGACGACAAACUGGCGCACGGAGGCACAUCACCAGCGCUCCCCCAGAGCCAAAGCCCGACGAAACCUCCGUUACCGAAGCCUGAAAAGUUCUUCGUGAACCUGAAAGAGCAGGAGGACAACAACUUCGGCCUACAAUUGCCAGAUUUUCUGCGCGAGAAACUGGAAAAGCGGCGUCAAGAGCUGGAGAACAAAAAGCCAAAGUCGCUGGAGCCGCUUCAGACGCAACGCAUUAGGACGCCACGGCUUAACAGGGCCAGGCGAAUUGUGAUUAACAAGUUCAACCAGUUUGAGAGCAUCCCGGAGGAAAAUCUUGACACUAACAACAGGAUCAAACUCGCCAGAACCAGAGCCAUGGCGAGGAACUACCAGCCACGGUUUCAAGUAGGCCACUCGCAGCGUGCGUUGCAAGGAAUAGUGCAAGAGACGAAAGACUUGUCCAUCAUUUCGUCGAAGGUGGACGGAAAGGAAGCAAUUCAGUCGGUCGUCCCGCUGCCCAUGCCACGUGUGAAGGGAAAAGAACUGACCGAACUGGCCGCCUCCACGCCUGGAUGGGGAAAUUUCUACGUGAUCAAAGGAGAUGAAGCGGUGGUCAUCAAUGCUAGAGAUAAAGGAGACGCGCCAAAAGCGAAGAGCGCACGCAAAAAGUGGACGAAAAUCGAGUCGAGCAGCUCUGAGGAGAGAAUAACCACCUCAGUAAGGAUGCAUAAUUCACCUACGACCCAGUAUCAAAGCAGGCAGCAGAGAGCAGUGACCUCUGUCUCAAAAUCUUCACCAGCACUGCCGCGACUAUCAAGCGGCUUAGGAGGUAAAUCUGCUUCAAGUGAAAGAGUGCAACCUUUGCCCAACCUCCAGAGGCACACUCCGGUUCCAGCUAUAAAGCGCAGGACGCCAGCUUCUGCCCAAAAUUCUGUUGCGCUCCCUCCAUUGCAUUCGCCGACGGCAGAUGAUAGCAGUGUGCGAUUCCGAACUUAUACCAGGAGCAGAAGUGGAAAAGAAAGGCCCAGUCCCUUGUCACCAUCUAAAGCCAAAGUUUCCGUUGUAAAACAGACCAAUAUGAUUUCAAAAGCCGACAUCGAGCCUGGCACGAUUGUGGCCGAGGCUGGCUCCACAGAUGCUGGAACGUGGAGUGUCACACUGUCUGGUUUGUACCCGCAGCCAGAAAUGGAACUACGACUCGUUUUUCCUCCUUUGGCAGACGGAGAAGAAGCAGUUGAUGAAAACCCGAGUCCAAAGGGGGACAAAGAAUCUCACAGAAAGAGCCCAAAAAGGCAAAACGACAAACACAGCAGAGUGCCUACACCUGCAGAUGGGGAAAAUUGCGCUAACUAUAUAAUCAACAUCAAAAACGGGGGCGAAAAGGAUGUGGCGAAUAGAAGACCAAGCAGCGCAAUUUCAGUAAACUCAAAUCGGCCGUCCCGUCCAAAUUCGGCAGGAAGUCCAACUAGCAAGUCAAAAGCGUUGGUUCCUGUAUCAAAAGCAAUUGUCCCGCAUCAAACAGAAAUGCCUUUGACGACAAGCAGCGCGGAGGAUAUGCUUAUGUGGCCGGAAAUGCAGGCGCUCAUCCAAGAACAAAUGACGAGACACAUUAAAAAGCAGAUAACGACUGUUACCAGAAGCCAAACGAUGACCACAACGACAGAGGGGGCAAUCAUGGUGCAAAGACUGCGUGGGGGAGAGAGCACUGAGGCGCUGACCUUUUCUCCCGAGCUGCAACCGCUCGAAGCCAACCACACGGUUGUGGCGACUCAAAGAAGGAAAAGAGCAUCCAGCUAGUCCCUAUAUAGACUAAAUUUUGGUGUCCAAUUUAACUCUCAACGGGCUGUGGUCAUAAUCACUUGGUUAUUUCUUUUAACUGCGCCCCAUAUAUAACAAUUACUGUUUGAUGACUAAAUAUAAUUUUCUGUGUUGAAUGCCUGCUGAUAAUAAAGAUAUAUUAUAAGUUAAAGUAGCAAUCAACUAAAUCCACAGCCCUCUCUGAUGGUCCAGCAUCUCGACUAGAUUCGAAAUACCUUGGACCAGAGCUAUAAAUUAAUUAAGAAUUCUUCUUCGUAGAUGCUAGUCUAUGAUUGAUAGAAUGUGGUUUCUAAUCAUGAUCAUCAGCGCAUCUCUGUAUAUUUGUGUAAAUCUUUACAAUCAUGCACAAAGCUUUGUGAAUAAAAUUUUUAUAAUACCUUUCUUGUUGUAAACCAUA